CACAAUACUGAAAUAGUUCAAGAGAAUGGUAGUGGAAGUGUCCACCGCGAGGUCGCCUCAAAAUCAAUAUUGAUGGGCAUUUUUGUGGGGUGGAUGGUAGUGGUGGUAUUGGGGUAGUGGCUAGAAACGAUGUAGGUGUGGGAGUCGCAGCUAUAGCAAGGCCCAUUGUACAUGCUCACUCAACAUUUAAUAUGGAAGUUGAAGCAUGUAGAGCGGGUCUGUUACUUGGUAUUUACCAAGGUUGGUCGGACGUAGACAUUGAGAGCGACUCUAUCAUUUUAAUUACUGCCCUGAAGAAUGAGGAGGAGGAUUUGUCUGUGGUGGCUGCCUCCUCUCUUGCACCUCAAUUCUGGUUAGCUGACACAGGUGCCACCAAUCACAUGACCAACAAUCCUCAUGUUCUCACCAAUGCCACUCCCUACCUCAACACUGAUUCUGUGCAAAUUGGUGAUGGACAAGGUACAGGGCAAAAUUCUCUAUCAGGGACUGAGUAAGCAUGGUCUUUAUCCAAUCCCAUUUGAUUUGCCUCUCUUCAAUAAGUGUGUUGCUACACCUUCAACACCUCAAGUCAACAGCUCAGACAUCUCUCCUUCUAUUUCUGCCUGCUUUGGUCAACUGGUGAAAUCCUCACUCUGGCAUCAAAGAUUUGGACAUCCAUCUAAUGAAGUGGUCAAGAUCAUGCUAGAGAAAUCCAAGAUAGCUCAAAACAAAGACAGUGAGAGUUUCAUCUGUGAACCUUGCUUGCUAGGAAAAUUUCACAAACUGCCCUUUCCUUCUUCACAAACUAGAAGUAGUUCUCCUUUUGAUCUUGUGCACUCUGAUGUAUGGGGACUAGCUCCUCAUCUAUCCUUAGAUGGAUAUAGGUAUUUUGUCUUGUUCAUUGAUGACUGUACAAGGUUCACCUGGAUGUAU